CACGCAAUGAAGAGUUUUUAUGGAGAAAUGGGGAGUUGUGAUGGACUUUCAAAAAUAUAUGGCUUCAUUUUAGUGCAGUUGAUCUUAUUUAGUGAGGUUUCAGGUAUUAUUUGUCCCAAAACAGGGGAAAGUUGUGAGUCCUGUUGUGAGGGUCGGUGCUGUGUCAAUGAUGAGGAGACGAUUUCCUACACCUAUAGAAUCUCCUUCUGGAAUCUCUGGUAUUUUUGGUUUGUUGUUUUGUUUAUUCUGAUGUCCUGUUUCGGAGGAUGUGGUUACUACAAACACAGACAGCGCCUCUUGAUGAUGCCAAGGGACACUUUCGUCCACAGAGGGCGCCCCAAUGCCAGGAAUACCCCAGGCUUCGGCAUUAUGCCUACUCCAGCAACUGUUUCUAAUUCUAGACCAGCCCAAGAACAAACAUCUGUCAGUGUUUUACCCCCACCAUAUUCAGAGGUUGCUAAGCAGCCAAGAGACCACUUUGAAACAAAGCCACCUCCAUACCCAGGAAACAGACAGGACAUGCCAGGUGGAGUUAAUCCCCCUGAAUACAGCAAAGACCAUCCUCCUCCAAAAUCAAUUUAAACAAGUCAUCGAUUUUGUAUAAGACAGAAUUUUAGUCAUCGAAAUUGAAAUUCAUACCUUCACUGUUAGGAUUUCUUGAAAAUCAUUUAUUUGGACGUAUCAAUUUGACCUAACCAUUACAAAAUCUUCAAAAGAAAUGAAUAUCAUGAAUAAAAUACCAGUCGUAUUGUUUAUUAAUAAAUGUACUUUCAUUUAGAAAAUGAUACCAACUUAAUCAGGUAUGGGAUGUGUUCAAUACCAGCAUUAACUGUUUAUUUUAACAUUUUUAUAUAUCAUAAUUUAAGUAGAAAAUUCCCUAUGAAACUUUUUUAUAUAUUUAAAUGUUCCAUAGUUUCAUGCAUAUUUUAAUGUGAUUUAGCUUCAGUGACGAAACAUUCCUGCAGAAUUAACCUGUGAUAGGUUUUAAGAACGUUUUUCAUACGUAGUUAGAAAUACUUACAAUUAUUAAAGUUGAUUUUAGCCUGCUUUUUAAUGCACUUGUAUCUUAUAUUGGUCAUAUGUUGAUCUACACUAGACCAUGUAUGAUUUAGAUACAUGUAUUAUAAUUUAAAAUCCAAGGUUGUGAAACAAAGUUUGGAAAGGAAACAGAAAAUAUGUAACUCGGUGAUGUUAGAAUUUUUUUUUUUUAAUAUUGAAUAAAAUAAUGGUUUUAAAUUUUGUUAAAAAAAUGAAAUAAAAUAAUGGUUUUAAAUAUUCAAACUUUUACAUGAAUGGUAGCUGUUGAAUAGCAGAAGCUCAGUUUAAUUUUACUCUUUGCCUUGUAUUUGAUAUAGGCAGUAUAUUAUCCUAUAUAAGCACAUUUUUAAGGUAUUUAUAAAAGGAACCAUUCCGAAAUUCACGUGACAAAGUUUGAUAAAAAAAAAUUUAUUUUCCAUUGAAGUUUACUGAAAAGACACCUUGCAAGAUAUUUCUUUAUCCUAUAUAAAGACCAAAAUUUGAAUCAGAUUCUGUAUACCUCAGGGUCACAAGAAGAUCACAAUGUAAACUUGGGUUAUACAUGUACUUUGGGUUUUUUUUUUUCACACUUCUAAUCAUCAUACCAAAUAUGGAUCGUGUUGUGACUCAUGUUGUAUGCUGUUGUUUGAUAUUGUUUUGCUAAAGUAUAUUCUUGCAUUGGUUUUUGCAAUGAAAAUAAUGAGAAAAAAAAUGAAACCUGACAGUAAAAAAACAUGAUAGUAAAUGUGUGAAAAUGCAAGAAUUUGAAAAGACCUCUAGGAAAAAAAAGGAAUGAUAAAAAUUAUUUAAGUGAAUUAUUUUAGAAAUUGAUGGAUGCACAAUAUUUUAUUCUAUUCUAUUCAUUCUAUUAAUGCUUACCUAUUCCAGACAUUUAAGAGGUAGACUUAUCUUUGCCUUUGAAGGCUUUGGUCCUUAAUUGUUAUCUGAUGGACAGAGGGAUAUUUUUUCACUGUCAAUAUCAAAAACUAAUUAAUUCUUGGUCUUAAGAAAAUGAUAAUAUUGUUUUGUCAGUAUUUACCAUAUAAGUUAAAUUAUUUGUCUCAGAGUGCAAUUUUAUUGUUUGCCUUAGCCAUUUUGCAUUAUGAUAUUAUGCAUAUUUUUAUGCAAAGCCAGGAAAGGGAAGAAAAAGAUUUCGUGUGAAAAAAAAUUGAAUUAUCCAUAUUAUAUGAUUUUUUUAAAAUGUGUUGUUAUUUAUUCAUAUUUGCAAAUUUUGUUAACAUUAAAGGAUAAACGGAAUGUCUGGAAUUUGUUAAUUUUAUGUUGUCCUUAAAAGAUCGAAUGAUAACAAUGAUAGCUAGUAUUUUGUAAAUCAGAUAUCACAAAUGUUCAAUUUUGCACUCAGAGUAUCUUGUCUUUUUAAAGAAAUGGAUAUUGCAUUUGAAACAGCUGUUUAAUUAUUUACAAGAAUGUAAAACUUUUUUUUUUCAUUAUAAAUGGGCUAUAUCUUGUGCUUGACUCUCUCUCCUAAGUUUUUAUUGAUUUUCUGGAAAACGAAUAAAUUGAUUUUGUACUGUG